AUGACGAUAACGCUUUGGAAAGGACUCCGAGGUCUGGCGGCCACAGCCCUGGCUCUCCUCCUGGUGUUCUCUCUCCUGGGAAAUUCCAGCGCUGCACCGCAGGGGCUCCCCGAGAGGAGGAACUGGACCCCUCAGGCCAUGCUUUACCUCAAGGGGGCACGUACGUUCCAAAGCUUUGCUCCCCCUCCCGCAAUAAAGAAGGUCCCGGGGGUGCAUGAGCCGUGGGAUGGAUGGAGAGCUGCGGGGAGAGAAUUAGAUCAAGUUUGUUACCUUCAGUGGUCAAGGUCAAGGUCAUCGGGUCUCAGCGCAAGUGCUACGUUUUCCCACUUCAGUUGCUCCCAAACUAAAAAUCGUGGAUCUGUAUACAUUUUUGUUUCUCCAGAAAGGCGAAGUCCAAAUGCCCGACUGCUAACCCUUCCAGAGGCAGCAGCUCUGCUGUUGGCUUCCUUGCAGAAACCACAAGAAGCUGGAGAAGAAAACCUUGACCCACCCAGAUUCCUGGACAACAGUCUGCUAAACUGGUGAAAAUACACCAAAUUGCAUGCAGUUACACUUCCACGCUCGUUGAAGACACAAGCCAUGUAAAUAAAACUCGUGGACCCUUUUUGCUUCAUUUGCAGCCAUAGGAACAUGCUCAGCUAGUUUUAUUCUUCUAGAAGCAAAAGUAAGGUGGAUUUCAUAGCUGAGAAUAUCACUGCCUUUUUUUAAAAUUAUUUCAGGUCCUCUUUAGAUCUCCUUUAUCUUACUCUUGAAUUUUUUCAGUGCAUUUAUAAGACUGAAAACUCUUUAUAGUGUUUUUUUGGUUGCAAGGAAUACCCUAAUAAUUACUAGCUGUUGAUUUUCUCCUCCUGUCACCAACUUGCAUUGUCUUGUCACUCAGCAGGGAAUCUAGUCCUCCAAGGAGGGUGAAGGGGGGAAGCAUGGAAGGGUGAUAAAGAGUAGAGUGUGAUUCUCUUAGCAGUUCAUCUGGGAGAAGGAAGGUGUGAAGGGAAGGGGGAGCGAGAUGGAAGGGAAGAAGCCCUGUGAGCAGCAGGAGUGCCGUGGCUGAGAGAGGGCGUCUUUGGUGAGGCUGGAGAAGCUUGGAGCUCCCCCUUGUGCUCUCUGGGAUCGCCCUGAAUUCAGUUUAGAAACAUGGAUCUAAAAGUUACUGGGAAAUAAGCAGAUGAGACACACUCUGCUCCUCUGUACACUGUACAAAAAGAACAGACCAGCUUUUUAGAGGUAACCCAUUUCCUAUGGCUACACAGACUCAAAGACUGCUUACUCUAAUCGACCAGAACUCUAGACUUUAUUUGACAUCAAAACGUUAUAUAAAGGCUCCCUAAUAAUAUAAGUGCAUGGUAAUGUGCCUAAUUUACUUCUUUUUAAAGUCAACUUGGGUUCAGUACUAUCUGAAAAACAUACUCACAUACAUACGCCUACAACCAGCAUAAUGACAUAUUUACUUGUAAUUACAAUAUGACCGUCAUGUUAAUUAUUUUUAACCAAAUUAAUUGAAAGUUGUUAUUGAUAAAUGUCAUAAGUAGAAAGUAUUGUUAAUUGUUAUUGUCAUCAGUAUAUAACCAUUAUUCGGUAGCUAAAGAAUAUCCUUUUGUGAAUGCCUGUGUAACUUGGAAUUACAAUUUGACUGUGUUAAGUAAUCAAAACCCUGCUUAUAAGGUUUGUCUGUAACUUGUUUCAUAAUUGAAUAAUGCAACUAUAUUCAAGUUAAUGUAACAUAGAUCUCUGCCCAAAAAUAUGCUAACAUUAAAAAAAUCUAUGUGGCAUUAUAA